AUGGUGUACAUUCGACAGCGCAACCUCCCGAAACUGCGCGAGUACAAGUAUGCCGGUGUUGAUAAAUCUCUGGUCUCGAAAUAUAUCCUGAAGCCCUUCUACACUCAUGUCGCUAUCAAAUGUUUUCCAAUGUCUAUGGCACCGAAUCUUAUAACUCUUACGGGCUUCAGUUUCGUGGUCAUCAAUGUCCUGACGAUGCUCUGGUAUAAUCCGACUCUCGACAGGGACUGUCCUCCUUGGGUUUACCUGACGUGGGCCCUUGGACUCUUUCUUUACCAGACUUUCGACGCUGUCGACGGUGCCCAAGCCCGCAGGACGCAUCAAAGUGGACCCCUAGGAGAGCUCUUUGACCAUGGAGUUGACGCUUGCAACACCGGUCUCGAAGUCCUUCUCUUCGCGGCUGCCAUGAACCUUGGCCAAUCAUGGAAGACUGUUCUUACACUCUUUGGAACUGUUCUCACCUUCUACAUCCAGACCUGGGAUGAAUACCACACACAUACGUUGACCCUAGGAAUCGUCUCUGGGCCUGUUGAAGGUGUCCUGACAUUGAUUGUGGUCUACUUCCUCACUUUCCUCAAGGGUGGUGCAAGCUAUUGGCAACAGCCAAUGCUCCCGAGCCUUGGCUUUCCGAAGAACCCAUUGAUUCCAGAAAGCAUGUACCAGCUGGCUUGGAACGAGUGGUAUAUGUUGUACGGUGGUGUGGUCCUCGUCUUCAACACUGUCAGCAGCGCCAUGACAGUCAUCAAGGUACGGCGAGAAAGGGGCCAGGAUCCAUACAAGGCUUUAUGGGGACUGCUUCCCAUUUUCGUGACAUGGACCUUGAUAACGGCUUAUCUCUGGCUCAACCCGGUCAUUCUGCAUCACCACCUCGUGCCCUUCGUCCUCUUCGCCAGCAUGGUUAAUGCCUACUCUGUCGGACAGAUGAUUGUUGCACACCUAGUCAAGGACAAAUUUCCCUAUCAAAACGUCCUUGUCGUCCCACUUGCUUGGGCUGUCGUCGAUAGCCUAGGUCCACGGUUAGGCCUGUGGCCAAGCGCUCUGGGUAGCGAUAUUUACCAAGUUGCAUUCAUCUUUCUCGCUCUAGGCCUGGCUCUCGGAGUUUACGGAAGCUUCGUUCACGAUGUCAUCACCACCAUCUGCGAUUACAUGGAUAUCUGGUGUCUGACCAUCAAACACCCUUACGUGGAAGGCAAAACGGAUGCUGUCACUUCUCCACAGACGGGUGGGAAACAGAACGGAGAACUUAAGAAGAAGGCGUGA